AUGUACAGGUUUGAAGGUAUCAUGGUUGGUGUGGGUUCUAAUUCAAAUGGAGACUCUGAGGAGGAACUCACCAGUAAAAGAGAUGGAGGUCAGAAUGAUUUGGAGCCUAGCAUAAAGACCUCAGAGGUAUCUUCAAAAGGGAACAAUCUAAAGGAAGAAUCAGAAGAUUCAUACUGGAAAGAAGCAAUUCACAUUGGAGAGAAGCCUUAUAAAUGUGAGGAGUGUGGAAAAACCUCCAUUGAGAUGGCAGAUCUUAAUAUUCAUCAGAUGAUUCAUACAGGAGAGAAGUCUCAUAAAUGUGAGGAGUGUGGGAAGGCCUUUCCUUACUCUUCACAACUUAUUGAACACCAGAGAAUUCAUACUAGAGAGAUGCCUUAUAAAUGUAAUGAAUGUGGGAAAGCCUUCCAUCAUCACUCAACCCUUAACAGACACCAUAUUAUUCAUACUGAAGAUAAGCCUUAUAAAUGCGAGGAGUGUGGGAAAACCUUCAACAGGAGUUCCACACUUUAUAGGCACCACAAAAUUCAUACUGGACAAAAGCCUUUUAAAUGUGAGGAGUGUGGGAAAACCUUCAACAGAAAUUCAACCCUUGUUAGGCACCAGAGUGUUCAUUCUGGAGGGAAGACUUAUGAGUGUAGUGAAUGUGGAAAAACCUUUCCUCAUUCUUCACUCCUUAUUGAACACCAGGGAAUUCAUACUGAAGAGAAGCCUUAUAUAUGUAGAGAAUGUGGGAAAGUCUUUCUUCAAUCUUCACAUCUUAUUGAACACCAGAGAAUUCAUACUGGAGAAAAGCCUUAUAAAUGUGAGGAGUGUGGGAAAACCUUCAAUAGAAGUUCAACCUUUUUUAGGCACCAAAGAAUUCAUACUGGAGAGAAGCCUUAUAAAUGUAGUGAAUGUGGGAAAGCCUUUCCACACUCGUCAGAACUCAUUGAACACCAAGGAAGUCAUACUGGAGAGAAGUCUUAUAAUUGUAAUGAAUGUGGGAAAGCCUUUGUUCAUCGCACAACCCUUUCCAGACACCACAGAAUCCAUACUGGAGAGAAGACUUAUAAAUGUAAUGAAUGUGGGAAAGCCUUUCCUCAAUCUUCAAACCUUAUUGAACACCAGAGAAUUCAUACUGGAGAGAAGCCCUUUCAAUGUAAUGAGUGUGGGAAGGCCUUCAGUCGGAGCUCAACCCUUUCCAGACACCGUAGAAUUCAUACUGGAGAGAAGCCAUAUAAAUGUGAGGAGUGCGGGAAAGCCUUCACUGGGAUGUCAGAUCUUAAUAGACAUCAGGUGAUUCAUAGUGGAGAAAAGUCUUAUAAAUGUAAUGAGUGUGGGAAAGCCUUCUACCAAAGUUCAACACUUGUUAGGCACCAGAGAAUUCAUACUGGAGAGAAGCCUUAUAAAUGUGAAGAAUGUGGAAAAAUCUUCAAUAGAAGUUCAACCCUGGUUAGGCAUCAGAGUGUUCAUUCUGGAGAGAAGCCUUAUACAUGCAAUAAAUCCCCCAAUCCUCAAACCAUAUUGAACACCAGAUAA